AUGAACUUACCAGACGACAUCCUUGACACCGUUGUGUCCGACUUGGAUACAAAAAGUCUUCUCAGCUUGUCGUUGUCGUGCAAAAAAUUGCGAGCACACGCUGUCCCAAAAUUGUAUCGGAGCUUGCUUCUGGUUGACACCAGGUACAACACAGUGGGCGAAUCGGAGUUCACGAUUCUAACCACCUUGAAAUUUCAACAAUUCCUAGAGGCAUUGAAGAGCAACAGGUCACUAAUUGGAUUGGUCCAACGUUUUCUCAUUGCUUCCCACAGCAACAAUGUGGAAGGGCUCGAAGUUUUGGUGGGAUUAUUCAUUGCUUUUAAAUUGAGGAACAUCGAUGUCCCUCUUCUUGGGCUCAAGGAAUUCAAGAUUCUAAAUGAGACAACUCCAUACAAGUUCCUGUUCAUGAACAAAGAGUACGUUGCUUCCCAAAACCUCAAGAGAUCAUCUACCUUGCUGUAUGAGAACGACGAAGACGAGUUCAACAAAUAUUCGAACUUUGGCCAAGCGAAUUCGAUAGUCUCUUUGCAGAGUUAUCAGCUCGUCAACAUCACAGAUCUCAAUGAUGUGUCGGAGGAUACUCGUGAAAUAUGCAUUAACACAUCCAACCGGUAUCAAAAUGUUGGCUUUAUGAUGACAAAAAGGCUGUCGCAAAUUUUCGACACUCUGGAGUCUCUAGAAAUUCUCAACUCAGAUGCAGUGAACGCUCUUUUCUCCCAAUUGGAUGAUGAGUGUGUGAGAUUUGAAUCGCUGAACAGGCUUUCCUUAAACAUCAAAGACUUGCAUAUUAUGCCAGCUGUGGCAAGAUGUGUGGAUCUUGCCAAACUAGAACAAUUCGAGCUAAAGUUCAAGCAAACUUCUAUUGGCGAAGAAAGCGAGCACAUAAACCUUAAUUUGGUUAAAGUGUUUCAGAAUCAACUCAAAAACCUGAAAAAGCUUUCCUUGGUGCAUCUAAAUUCGAACAAUCUGCUCAAGAACCAAUCGCAGACAUCUCAAUUGCUCCUUAGCAACUCUAACCUAUCGUAUUGCAUUAUGGAACAUCUGGAUAUUUUCAGUCCUUCCAUUAUUUACCUUAACGUGAGCAUGAACAACUUUGCAUAUCUACCCCCUAUUAGCAUGAACUACCAAGAUAGAAGGACUCAUUUUGUCGUUGACCAGAACUUCUUGGAGACUAAAGUUCGUCAAUUUAAUAAGAUACUUGCAUGCAACUGUUUGGAAACUUUGCUGAUUCCAGACUUCUUUUACAACUGGAAACCUUUUAUUGCAAUAAACCGAGAGGUCAAGAAUCAGCCACAGCUCAACGCAGUCGAAUAUCUCUAUACUGGGUGUGACUGUCAUAGAUGUAUUGAAACUCGACAACUGCUAUCCCAAUAUUCCGAAAAGUUGAGUUUUGGUAGCAAAGACAUGUCUUCCACUUACAACUUUCUAGUUGGACUUCUGCAUACUCGUCUGACCAAAUUUGAGACCAGCUCUGGAUUGGAUAUCCUCAAGUAUCCUGUAUUGGACCCUAUCGAAGUCUCGCACUACGGCUACUUGAACAUUGAUAUUUCAAGGAUGGUACAAUUGAUCUUAGAUAAUAUGCUUGAAGAUUUGCACUUUGUCGUCUUAAAACUCCCAAAGCUAAAACUUCUCAGCCUUGGCGGUAUCCAGAUAUCGAUUCAGCGCACCGAAAACGAGAUCAAGAUGAGUGCUGUCCAAGAUGACUGGAGCUCAACACUGCGUCGAUCGACCUAA